UCGAUUGGCUGCCCAGCUGGCACUGACGUCCGCGCCUGGGGGCAGCCGGAGGUGAAACAGCCAUGUGCGAGCCUCCUGUCUAUAUUUAACAGCUGCUGCGGAGCGGGCAGGGCGGCGGGGCAGGGCAGCUCCGGGCAGCUCUUGUCUUCGGGAGGAGGCCCCUGCCGCCGGCUGGCACCGGCCUGGCCGCCUGAGCGUCACCAUGCCGGCCUCCCAGAGCCGGGCCCGGGCCCGCAACAACGUCCUCAACCGAGCCGAGUUCCUGUCCCUGAGCCAGCCCCCCAAGGGGGCGCCUGAGGCCCGCAGCUCGGGCAGGAAGGCUUCAGGCCCCUCGGUGCAGCCCCCCGCCCCUGGCGACGGGCCCCGGGAGCGGGAGCGGCGCCAGUCUCAGCAGCUGCCCGAAGAGGACUGCAUGCAGCUGAACCCCUCCUUCAAGGGCAUCGCCUUCAACUCCCUGCUGGCCAUUGACAUCUGCAUGUCCAAGCGGCUGGGGGUGUGCGCCGGCCGAGCCGCGUCCUGGGCCAGCGCCCGCUCCAUGGUCAAGCUCAUCGGCAUCACAGGCCACGGCAUCCCCUGGAUCGGGGGCACCAUCCUCUGCCUGGUGAAGAGCAGCACGCUGGCCGGCCAGGAGGUGCUCAUGAACCUGCUGCUGGCCCUGCUCCUGGACAUCAUGACAGUGGCCGGAGUGCAGAAGCUCAUCAAGCGGCGCGGCCCAUUCGAGACGAGCCCCAGCGUCCUGGACUACCUCACCAUGGACAUCUACGCCUUCCCGGCCGGGCAUGCCAGCCGCGUGGCCAUGGUGUCCAAGUUCUUCCUCAGCCACCUGGUGCUGGCGGUGCCCUUGCGCGUCCUGCUGGUGCUCUGGGCCUUCUGCGUGGGCCUGUCGCGCGUGAUGAUCGGGCGGCACCACAUCACCGAUGUCAUCUCCGGCUUCAUCAUCGGCUACUUCCAGUUCCGCCUGGUGGAGCUGGUGUGGAUGUCCUCGAACACCUGCCAGAUGCUCAUCUCCGCCUGGUGAGCUGCCGGCCCGAGGUUCUGGGGCCAGGGCGGCCAGAGAGUGGCCGGGAGGCGCUGGGGCCGGCCUGGGAAGAGGGGUGAAGCCGGCAGCCCCAACUCAUCUUCCCUACCUUGGCCAGAGGCCGCUGAACUCAGGUCGGCCUGUCCCAGGGACCGGUGCGUCCGGGGGUGCUGGGGGCCCUGCUCCUCGACCCAGUCUCCAAUUGUCCUGUCCAGGCGGGCCGGCCCAGCCGUGGGGACAGCCCUGCUUAGCUUCUGCUCUGGAGGAAACAGGCAAGAACCAGGAUGGCGGGAGGGCGGAGGCUUGCUCGUCCUCUCGCCGUCAUGACUGCUGAGUUCUUGGCUGUUCCCGUCACGCCACCGCACGACGCCUGGCAAGAUCCCGCCAACCACCGCCCCACGCAGGUG